GCCUUUUCUUCACUUCCCUCUCCCUCCCUCUCCCUCCCCCUCUGCUCCACACGUCACCUCGGGUCGCGUGGCGCCUCGUAACCAUCUCUACUCUCCCCUCACUCGACGCCCGCCGCCACAUUUUGGGCCGCGAGUCUCCAGCGUGUCUCGUCUUGGGGAAACUUGUUGCUGCGUUGUUUUGAUGAUUCAGGUUUCGUUGGAUUUUUGAUGGCAGGGAAGAACGCAGAAAAAAUAUUUACAUCGCGUGGCCACGUGGGCAUGCUGGGGUCGUGCCCAUGUGACACCUGUCAAACCGCCAUCACAGACGCACGACAGCUGUUAUUUUCCCUCAGCCAUUGGUCGGCUCGCGCGGCGGGAAGGGCCUCCAUUGGGGGUAGCGGGGGUUGUGGGCGGGCUGGACUCGGCCUCACCUUGGCCCAGACGCUGCCAGAAAAAGAAAGUCCUCAAAGUUUUUACUCUAAUAAUUAAAUUGAACUAGUCUCUUUUUGACAAUCAGAGGGAAAGAGGAGAUUCGUGCAUCCCUAUUAAGCCUUCCACUCACGUGAACACGGUGAGGCAACACAGGAAUGACAUAACACCAGCACUUCAGGACGGCAAUUGCUGCGAGGCACGAGCGAGGAAACCCCGCCUUCCCCCACCUGAUUGGCGGACGGCACGCUCCCUCUGCACCUGCUGCCUGCAGGUCUAUAAAAGGCGCCGCACGCGUCGCGUCCUCCAGAACUGUUUUGACCUACUGAGUAGACCACUACGCGCCCGAUACUGUGAGACUUGUGAGAGAAACCAUGCCGAGCUCCUUCAUGGUGAAGCGCAACUAUGCGCACUGCCCACUCAAGAAGCGGCCCCUGGCGCUGUACAACGAGCCUGGCCCUCUACGCCCCCCGGAGCAGGACCAGCCGGAGGACCUUAGCGUGAAGCGGCCUCGCCUGGAGCCUCCUGCACCUGCAGCAGAACCAGACAACACUACACCCGCACUGCUCCAGUCGGCAGGUGACGAAGCUGCUGCCCCUUGGUGCUCCCUCCCCUCCCUGCCCACCGCUGCAGUGCCCACAGUGCCUCACUCAGUGCCUCGUAGUACGCCGCCCUCGCCGCCUGCCGCCCGCGUGGCGGAGAGUCUGCCCACCCUAGCAGAGUACUACCUGCAGCUCUUCCGAGCCACCUCAGACAGUGGGGAGCCCAGGCGGCCUCAGCCCAGGCCAUCCCUGCCACAGUGGAACUCCUCGUACCUGCCGCCUUCCCCCCAGGCGUCCCCCGUCACCCCAGACCAAGUGCCAGCCAGCCCAGUGCCACAGUUCCACUUCUACCCAGACUCCUCAGCACUCAUCUCCCCUGUGUCCACAUGCUCCUCCGCCACUUCAGAGUCCGAAGACGACGCAGGUCCCACGAGGCAGAGGCGUGAGGCGCGGUACUCGUGCACUGACUGCGGCAAGUCGUACUCCACCUACUCCGGCCUCAGCAAGCACAAACAGUUCCACUGCGCCGCCCUCGGGGCCAAGUCGUUCGCGUGCAAGCACUGCGAGAAGGUGUACACGAGCCUGGGCGCCCUCAAGAUGCACAUCCGCACACACACGCUGCCCUGCAAGUGUCAGCUGUGCGGCAAGGCUUUCUCGCGGCCCUGGCUGCUGCAGGGACACAUCAGGACCCACACGGGGGAGAAGCCCUUCCAGUGCCCGCAGUGUGACCGCUGCUUCGCGGACCGCAGCAACUUGCGGGCCCACCUCCAGACCCACGCUGACGUCAAGAAGUACGCGUGCAGCACCUGCCACAAGACCUUCUCCAGGAUGUCGCUGCUCAACAAGCACACCGAGGCUGCCUGCCCCGCCCGGCCCUCCCAGCAGGAGCAUCCCCCAGCCAGCCCCGCCGAGGCCGACCAGUAGCAGUGGUUGCCGCCUCCCCCCAGAUUCUCGUGGAGUCGGCCCCGGGGCAUCCCAGGGCUGGCCUAGUCUCCAGCUAGUCAGCGACCCGCCAGCCACUGUUGUGUUCCUACCUUGGUCACUAGUCUAGCUCCUAAGCCAUACCUGUCCCCUUGUGGGAUCCCAAAGCCAAAGAUAUUAUGUAUUAUUACUUUUAUAUGCAACAAUAAAACCAUAUUUGAA